CUGGGGCGGUCGCGCAGGCAGCGGACGCGAAAAGUCGGACUCCGAGAGUCAUGUACUACAAGUUUAGUGGCUUCACGCAGAAGUUGGUGGGAGCAUGGGCUUCGGACGCCUAUAGUCCGCAGGGAUUAAAGCCUGUGGUUUCCACAGAAGCACCACCUAUCAUAUUUGCCACACCAACUAAACUGACCUCCGAUUCAGCGUAUGAUUAUGCUGGGAAAAACAAAGUUCCAGAGCUGCAGAAGUUUUUCCAGAAAUCCGACGGUGUGCCUGUCCACCUGAAACGCGGCCUGCCUGACCAAAUGCUUUACCGGACCACCAUGGCGCUGACUGUGGGAGGGACCAUCUACUGCCUGAUUGCUCUCUACAUGGCUUCACAACCCAAAAACAAAUGAGUGAGGCUGCAGAGGACUGGUUUGCUAUUUGGCAUAAACCCUUUGAAUUUCCAUUUUCAUUAUUUCUGUUAAAUUUAUUUUUUUUUUUUACUCGGAUGGCCUGGCCUACUUAACGUUUUUGCAAGAAAAACAAAGAUAUGAAGACAAUAUUUUGGUUUGUUUA